AUGGGUGGUGGUGGUGGUAGAGUGGAAGUGGUAAAGAGCAAUGGUUGCUCUAGGCUGUCUGUUGGGUUAUCAUCUCCAUUGCCUUCUUUUAAAGCUCUGCAACCAUUUGAGCCCGCGUCUCCGGCCUCAUCCUAUAUUGGGUCAGAGCAUGUGGUUCGAUCAGGCGCACCCUUUGCCGGCCUUGUUAUUUGCGUUACUGGUCUAUCCAAAGAAGCAAGGAAACAGGUCAAGGAAGCAACUGAGAGAUUAGGUGGCCAGUACAGCCCUCACUUACAUCCUCAAUGUACCCAUUUGGUGGCUCGUGAGUCGUGUGCAAUCCUUAACGAGUGUUACAGCUUUGGUGGACGCAAGUUUGAGCAUGCUUUGAAGCAUGGAUUAAAAAAUGGUCUGUCGAUUGUUACGAUUGGCUGGUUUGUGGAUAGUGUUAGGAAGAAUGUGAGGUUGAGUGAAUCACUUUACAGUAUCAAGAGUUUUGGACAGAAUGGUAUACGGUUGGAUGAGUUCAACAGGCUUGUUGGGUUUAUCAGUACAGAAAAUUCGUGUAUUCCUGUUGAUGCUCGUGGAGCCAAGCCAUUGGACACGAUUGAAGAACCACAUCUCCCCUUUUCUGGAAGGGAGUCUAACAGAAGUACUGACUCUGUUCUGUCUGGUCACUCCAUGUAUGUCGACUUAGACAUUUCAUCUGAACUGAGGAACAAGGUUAUUGAGGCUGCUCGUAGAGAGGGUGUUACGUUAAUUGAUCAAUGGUUUGUUGGUUGCAGAGCCAGUCAUGUAGUGUGUGAAGGCUCUGCUAGCCGUAAAUAUCUUGGCCACUCUAUCAAUAUCGUUACACCACUGUGGGUCUUGAAAACAGCCAAAGAGAAGUAUGUGCAAAGGCUUGUGCACAUGUCUGCAGAUUUGGCCAGGCAAGUUGGUAUGAUGCUUGAAGAGUCGCAGAAUGGCAGUGCAGAUGAGGAAACGAAUGUGCGAAAUGUCCCCAAAGAUGUUCAAGCUUAUAAAAAUAAAGCAAACCAUGAAAAGAGACAACGAAUUACUUGCCAAACCCCAAUGCGUCCAAUAACCCCUAUCAGCCUUCUGGAUUCAAUCUGCUGGUCCAUAUCUGAACCAACUUCAACCGCGUCAAUCUACACCGAGAAUGUCAGUGUUGAAGAUGCUACUGAGCACCAUACAUCUGUAUUCUUUGAUGCAAAAGCUGAUGGCAAGGAUUCAGAAGCUUCAUUUGCAAACUUAACGAGGCUGCUCAAGGAAAGUGAGAAAUCUGAAUUGGUAUUUAAAAACCAUUUUCUUACCAUACUGUUCCCUCUUGACCGAUUUGCUGAGAUGGGGCCAUCUUCCAGAACAUUUUUCAGCAAUAAUGGGUUUACAUGCUUGCAGGUGUUAGAUCAUAUCUAUGCAUUUUAUCAGGAGAGCAUGUCAGUCCAUGAAAUAGAGGCUGCUAUUAACACAGACUCAAGGCAUGCCGAUCGGCUCCGAUCAGUGUACUCCAGUAAAGAAACAGCAGAACAUGGUUACGUGAGUUUCAAACGGAUUGAAUUUCUAGGUAGUCGUAAAAGUUUCGAGAUGUUGAAGCGUGUCAAUGGAGACAACAACAGCAAUGUAUAUGAGCUGCUAAUUAGAGCAUAA